AUGGUUGGUCUACAUUGGCUCUUGGUAGCGAUGAUGGCGUACGUGUGUGUCCCAGGGUUUGGGUCCGAGUGCCUGAAAAGCUCCGUCUGCAACAACCUGAGCACCGAGCGAAGGAUCCAGAACUGUAUUCGCCUCUGCAUACAGAAGAUCCAGGCAGAGCUGCCGCAGCUCAAUGAAUUGGCCCCGAAGAUAGACGAGGAAAAGGACCUCUUACUCAGGGUCAUUCUGGGCAUCCUGGCCUCCAGCAAAGACAAGGAACCAGGAGUGACACCCCACAGCAACGAGCGACGCUCCUACUCUAUGGAGCAUUUCCGCUGGGGGAAACCAAACGGCCGCAAACGUCGGCCCAUCAAAGUCUUCACGUCCUCUCUGGAGGGAGAGGACUCCUCCGAGGUCGGCUUCCCCGCUCAGGUUCGCAGGCAGCUGGGUGGUGCCGAGGGCGACACGAGCGGCGACCUGAAUCCACAAAACAAGGGAAAGCAGAGGGCAAAGGUCAAGUCACAAGUGCCGCUGAGCCCGCAGCACAGAAACGACGGGAGAUAUCGCAUGAGCCAUUUCAGAUGGGGCAACCCUACCAACUCGAAACGUGACAGCAGCUUUAUCAGGCCGCUGGAGGAGAAAUCUAAAGCCCAGCUGGCUAAGCUCUUGAGGAACAUUCUACACAAGGAUGUGCAGAGAGGAUCAUAGGAUGAACGAAGCAUGUUAUGACCCACAGAUGUGAAUUAUUAUAAGUUACAGGAUUUUGUAACAAGAAGGUUUCUUUCAUUUAAUCUUGAUUAAAAAUAACGAGUCGGUUUUAUGUUGAAUUAAAUGUUAUUUUGCAGCCACUGACCCCUUUGACCUUCUUGACUUGAGGGCUUUUUAAAUGGGCUUUAAGUGUUUAUUUGCUUGUUUGUUU